AUGUAUUUGGGAUCUAGUUGGGAAGUAAAUAAGUUAUUUUUUGAUUUUCCAAGCAGUUUUUUUCAAUAAUUUGGAAAACUUUGAAAAAAAUAUUUAGGAAAUAACGGUUUCAUUAUUUUCAAUUUUUUUUUUUUAUUGUGAUUCGAUUAAAAAUAACAUAAACUGAAUCAUAGCAAAAAACCAAAUCGAAAUCUACCGAAACUGUUAUUAUGUAAAUGUUCAGUUUUUCCGACGUUUUGCCCGUUGUUAAGAAAACUAAAAGAAAAUCAAAAAAUAACCUUCAAAUGCUAUGCUAUAAAAUAACUAGACAACAAUUUCUACCGGAAACCAUUCCUAAAGUUUACCUAUCAAAGUAUGAUUUCUGGUAGAAAAGUUUUUCACAGACAUAAAAAAGAACACACCUCAUAGUAAAACCUAUUCCUCGUUUCAUUUAGAAUCUAAAAAAAAGUGUGUACUUAAUUACUUUCCUAUUACAAUAAUAAUACAUUAAGAGUAUUGUUAUUUUAAUUUUAUGAUGAGCUACAUUGACAAUACUAUUAUUUCGACUUAUUAUUAUGUUACCGACGUGUCAGUUCAAAAACGCCAUUCGAUAUUAAUAUUAACCAUUGCGCCGAGACGAGCGAAGACUCGUCAUGCGGACAUCGUGCUAUGGUUUCGUAAAUAAUUUCAACGCGGAUUAGAGACUCGAUCCCCAAACGGUAGUUAAAAAUACGCCGCAAUGCGAUAAAAGAACCAAAAAACAAAACAAAAAAAAAAUUCUCCGUUGCGACUGUCGAAAACGUCGAAUCCCGGACUCCCCGGAGAGUGAAAACACGCGUGUAAAACCAUUGCAAACGAGCCAAACGACGACGUUCCCAUUGGUCGACCAUUAUAAUGUAGUACCAAUCAAUUUCCAUUUCGACAUUCCGUUAUAAACGUAGAUAAUUCAUAUACUUAAUAUUUUUGUUCUAUAUAAUAUAUUGUUCAUGUAUUUAUUUUGCACUGUGUACAUCUUUCUUGGAUUGUUAUACAUUUCUAAAUUAUUAUUAUAUUUUUUUUUUUGUGGAAAUUUUGAUCGAAACAAUUUUAAGGAGACAUCGCAGGAACAUUUUUCGUCUGCCUUUCUAAUAACAACUGGCGAUAUAGAAAACAUGCAGUGCAUCUGGAAUUCUGGUUUUAAAUUUCUAACAGACUUGAAAUGAAAAGUAUUUUACUGAAGAUUUCGAUAUUUACUAUGUUUUACAUAUAAAUUUGUUGAUAUUUAAUUUUCAGACUACCUAUUCGUAGGUUAACUAUUUAAAUAUUAUAAACAAAAAAAAUUGAAUCUUUGUUUUUAAUUUUAAUAUUAUAUAAUUCAAUUUAUACAACUCAAAUGUAAAAAAAAAUCUUUCUAUUAAAACAUAUACAAUAAAUGUUUUUGCCUUUAUUUAGUGACAAAAUUUCUGUUUUAAGCCUUUAGAAGCCAGGCGUUCGGCUACAACUCCAAAAAUGUGUUCAAUUAAAACAAACGAAAAAAUCUUUACAAUUAGUUUUGGAGAUAAAACGGUUGUUAUACAAUAUUUACAUGAUUAACAUUUUAAAUAUACCGGUAAUUUUAGAAAUAUUAAUUAUUAAAAAAAUAUAUAAUACAAAUAUAAAAUGCAAAUUUCUACAGCUUUGAUAAUGAGUUAUUAUUUAAAAUAAUAUGUUGUUAUUAAGGGGGGGGUGUUUGAAAAUUAAAACACCCCCCCCCUACACCACUGAUUAUUAAAGUAGGUAUAUUAUAAAUUAUAAUCAAGAUGGAUACAUUUAAAAAAUAAAUAAAUAUAUAAUUACCUAUAAUUUAUGGAAAAAAAAUUACUUUUCUAAUUUAUAUUAAACAGAGUGUCUCACGAUGAUCUGAAACUUGAAAAAUUUUUUAUUUUAUUGAAUAUUUUGAAUAUAUUUUUUGGAUAAUUAGUAUUUCUCUGCACUACAGUAAAUAUAUUAAAAAAUUCAUUUUUAGGUGGAAAAAGAAACUUAAAAUACAAUUUUUUAAAAUUCAAAAUAGCCACAUUGUAAAAUCAAUGCUUGGAAAAUGUUUGGUGGUUGAAAAUUUUUUUUACGUAUGGUCUUUUAUUUACUACAAUUUUUUAAAGUUUAUGCAAAUGUAAAUAUUAUUAUUGUUUAUAAUCUAUUAUAAUAUUUAAUCAGUAGUCAGUAGUAUUAUUGUAUGAUAUCAACACAUAGAAAAUAAAACCCUUUUCAUUCAAUGUGCUUUGACUAUUGAUUAAAUUUUAUAGUAGAUUAUAAACUAUUGCAGUAGUAUUGCCAUUUGAAAAAACUUCAAAAUUAUAGAAAAUAAAAGACCAUACCUAAACAAAAGUUGCAACCACCAAGAUUUUUCUAAAAAUAUACUUUACAAAAUAGUUAAUUUGAGUUUUUUUUUUCAAUUAUAGCGAAAUUAAAAAUUUUUUAUUUUAAUUUCCUUCCUAAAAAAAAUAAUGUUUAAUAUAUUAACUGUAGCGCAGAAGCAUACUAAAAAAAAUUUUAUCAAAAAAAAAAAAAAAAAAUAAAAAUAUUAUUUGUAUUAAAAAUGUCAAUAGAAAGUAGAACAAAAUUUAAAGUGUCAAAUCAUAGUGGGACAUCCUACAUAAUAGGUAUAAUAGUUAAAUAGGAUUAAAUAAAAUAACAGUAAACGAAUAGAUAAUAAAAUGUUUAAUAAUAUUGUUCUUAUAGUGAAAACUAAUUGGACUAUUUACUUUAUCAUUAUCACUACAUACAUUUACUCACCGACAAACGAAACUCGGUUAUUUUAUUUAGAUGGUAUAUAGUUAUUAGGUCUGAAAGUACUUUGAAAAGUCGAUAGUGUUCAAAUAGCUUCGAAUAAGUUCGAAGAUAUGUACGCAAUUUCUCAGACAGUUUCUCUAUCUGCUGUUCGGUCCUGACAAAUUACGUCUGCCUGGUCAUUGUGAACAUACACCGAAACUAUUUGUAUAUUGUAUUACAAUAUCAUUUAUAUUAACAUAAAUAAAACAUCAAAGGUCUGAUGUCUUUUUACCGUUUUAAAUUUUACUAAAUAUAAGUUAUGGUUAUAGUUAGAUAUAUUGAAAGAAGCUAAGGCGUAAUCAAGAAUUUUUUAAAGGGAGGGGUCUUUUAAUUUUAUAUUUAAUUACAACUUUUGGGAAGAGGAAGUAACUUUAUUCAGAAUUUGCGAAACGGUUAGCGAUGUUGUUUAUUUGUAAAUAUAUCCAACAACAGCUGGUGCUUUCACAGAUUACCGUCACGAUAUACGGUAUUGUCAUUUGGAAUAUAACAAUAAUUAUUAUUUUACAUUGACAUCAUCAAGUAUACCUAAUUAUAUUAUAUAUUAUUAUAUAAUAACUUUAAUCUUCACGAUAAAUAAUAAUAUUUAAUAUGGAAUUAGAAUCAGUAAACUACACAUUUCGUAAGUAACCAAAGCAUUUAGUAUAUAAUUUAUUUUUGACCUACUAUACAGUCGAGAGAGGAGGGAAUGUUUUAAGUAUUAAAACACUCCUAUGACAUGCCUUUGGCAAAAAUAGAUGAAAUUUGAAUCAUUUUUUUUUAAAUUAAUUGAGAACCUAAUAAUUAUUUUUAAAGAAAUAAUUUUGUUAAAUAUUAAGGAGAUCUAGAACCUGUAUUUGCAGUCUUUGUAUGUAUAACGGGAACCAAAGACAACACGUGUUUUCGUAUUUUUAACAGUACCCAGGCCCGCCGGUUGAAUAAUUUUAAUUAUAUAAAUUGCAUUAAAUUUUUGUGGAACAGUUUUCUUUUUACUAUCAUAUAUAAUUUUAUUUUGCGGUUUUAAAAAUUAUUUUAAUACACCGGAAAAUAGGAUUUCUAAAAAAACAUCAAUAAAAUAAAAAUAAAAAUAAAACUUGUUAUGUAGGCAUUUAUUAUAAAUUCCUUGUAUAUUUUUGGCAUUAAAAUGAAGUUAAACUAAUAUAAAUAUUCUUAGACAAUUUCAGGUCUCUACAAAUAUAUUAGCUGAAUAACAAAAAACAGAAUUGAAAAUAACAAAACCUUUACGAUUAUAAUCUGUAAUAUUUAAAUGAUGCUGUUUUUUUAUAAAAAUAUUUUUUGUUUAGGAGAUUAUUUAGCGUUUCACACGCAAAGAAAUUUACUUUUAGUUUUAAUUAAUAUUAAUCUUUAUCGUCAACUCUGUACAAAAAAAAAAACGCACGACAUUUCACAUUCGUAAAUACUUUGUCAUAUUUAAUCUUAUAUAAACAUACGUAUACGCAGUCGGGCGCAGACACAACAAAUAUACCUAAACGUACAAAAUAUAAUGUUUGCUCUAAAAAAUUUUCUAAAAUUUAUUAUUUAGUAAAUAGUAUUAAAUCUGCAAUUUUAAGUAUUUUAAGCACAUUAAAAUCGGUACUUUUUCUUUGUUAUAAUAGUUUUAAGUACAUAAUAAUACGAAAGAAGAGUUUAAUAUUAUGAAGUUAAAUUAAAAAAAAAAAAAAAAACCUAAUAAAUUUAUAAUGCUGAUAAAUAUGCUAUUUAUAUUAUAUUUAUUAUAAAUGGGAAGUUACGAUACAUAGUUAUUUAAUUUUUAUCUAUAUGUAAGGAUUCAAAAUUGUUAAUAAAGUACUCAAUUCUUAGUGAAGUUCGAUUAUACAGUUUUUGAAACUUAACGAUUUUCGUUAAAAUGUUUUACUUAAAACUCUCAUGUAAAAAAAGUUUUCCCAUUUAUUAAUAAAACUAUAAGAAAAAUCAAAAAAUGACCCCAUCUAGAUCACGAAUGAUAAUACUAGAAAAAAGCUCUUAUAAAGUUUUUUAUUGGAUCAAGAUUACAGGCAUACAAAAAACACAUCAUAGUUAACCAAUACAUUUCUCGUUUCGCUCACAAUCUAAAUAUAUAUUAACGUCUAAUAAUCUAACAUUUGGAUUUUUUAAACCAUUACAACGAUACCUUUGUAUGAUAAGAUGCAUGAAAAGUCAGACUGUCGUUCCUUAGUUUUAAAUGCAGAAAAAUACUCCUAUAUUAUGUUUUGAAUUUUACGAAACAAUUGUAUGGCGAUGUACAUAAUAAGAACUUCUUGAAAGUGUCAUCGAAAUCUAUGGAUAAAUGGCGUAAUUAAACGUAUGUGUUACACGAACAGACGGAAAGACUGUAAAUAUUAGAAGGUUCUAUUUUUGUCAUUUUUAACGGUUAAAAUUCACGAAAUUAAGUUUUGAAACGCUAAUAAUGUAAUGUCAAUAAUCGAAACGGGACGUAUAAUUAUAAUAAAGAGAUUUAUUGUUAAUUUAACAUGAAAUGAAAGUUUUGCCUUUGGCGACUAUUAUCGAUACAUCUGCACCUUCGGCACAGCAGUAGAUACUUAUUAAUUUUCUCGUGGCUGCAUAGGUAUUAGAUUUUUAUAACUAUCGUGUAUUCUCCUCGUCGAGAGAGAAAAUCGCGUCCGAAUUCCCUUCUUCAAAUUUUAUGGCCCACCAGACAAGUACAACAGUCGGAUUGUGAUUGCUUUUCCGGUACCUAUGUUAUAUUAUAAUGUUUGUGGAGGCGCUACUUACUCGUGUAGUAUAAUUUUUAUACAUCAUAUUAUUAUAUUUAAAUACAGCCGUCGUUAUUUAUCGUUAAGUAUUUCAGAAUCUAAGAUUCGAGACUCAGAUAAAUUUGUAUAUUGUAUCUUUUGAAACUUGUUUAGUUAUAUCACUAUAGUUAUGGACAUUUCCGAAUAGCUUAUACUGUCGAUAGUUUUUCCAAACUAUCGAAUGUUUCAUUUAAACAUUCAAUAGUUUUAUUUAUUUUUUUUGAAUUAAUAAUAAUUAACGAAUAAUAAUUGUAAUAUAUAAUUUAUUCGAAUAACAUACCUAGUUUUAAAUAUGCCCAGUGGCAUUUUCUAAAAAUCUUAAUAGUAAAAAUGUCUUUUUGAUAUUUUGUUAAAAAUAAAAAAAAUAUUUAAACCCUCGGAUACAGCAUUCAGUAUCAAGUACCUCGUAUGUAGUGUCUAACGGUAAAAAUAUAUGUAUCUAGACAUUUUUUUUUUUCAAGUUUCUUGUGUCCGUCAUCUUUUCAUAUAUAGCCGUUGUUUAUAAAGUUUCGGUAGGUAUGCAAAGGGGCAGGCUCUCAAUCGAGGUGUCGGUAGUGAGUAAGAAAAUUGUAUUGUUUUCUUUCGAUCGCAUUAUUAUUAUUAAACUUAUAUAUAUAUAAUAUACAGUACUUGCGGACAGACCAACGACGCCACUUAUUUCCCGUCCAUUCGUCGUGCGUAUAUCGACUAUUAUAUUCCAUACAUAUGAUCUUUUAUUUCGUUUAUAAUAUGUAUUAUAUAUAUAUAUAUAAUAUUUUCUUUUUCUUUUUCUUUCCGUACGUGUAUAUAUGUGCAGCAGUUUAACGUCAGACAAAUGAUGGUCGACAGUACGGGAAUGAGAACGGACAAUAAUAUAAAGCCAGGAACGCCCGUUACUACAACGUCUGAAACGUCCAGCUCAAAAAAUCAACACGACUGCGGCGGCGGGAGUUCCGGCGGCAAUGCCAAAAACGGCGGCGGUUCGGCGACUGUCGAAAAAAUUGUUCCGUCCAGGUAAUAUUAUUAUUAAGUACAUUAUAUUUUCGGUUUUAUUUAUUUAUUCCGUUAUUAUAUAAGUAGGUAUACUUGUGUUUUUGACCGUAUACGUCGCUAAACGGUUGAUUUAUUAUCCUUUUGUAGGUACCUACAUUGUAUCGAUUGCACUAUUACGGUACAGUAUAGGUAGGUAUACAAAAAUAAAUGGUAAAAAUGUCGCUACCGAUUCUUUAGAUUUUAAUAUACGACACGGCCGUAAAAAAAAAAAAAAAUAAAUGAAAAAAAAAACAAUUUCAAUAACGUACUAUAGCAAAAUAAAUCAAAGAAAUAAAAUAUAUUAUAUUAUAAAAUUUGAAAAAAUUUAACUGAAAUACUAAAGUUUUACGAAUAAUCAUUGUUGAAUUUUCACCGAAAGUAGACUAUUGCGCUGUAUUAUUGUGUCUGUUAUAUACAAUAUAUGUAUAUAGUUCUCCCGCUACUUUUUAACAUUUUUAACGGUUUCAUAUGGACUAAAUGAGCUUAAAAUCGAGAAUUAAAGUUGUUUAAUAGGUGGUUUAAACUGAUAAUAUUUUCGUUGAAUUUCAAUAUGAAUUUCACCAUGUUAUUAAGGAUGAGGGUGUUUUUUUAGUUUUGAACACCUUUAUACAGACCCUUUAAAUGAAGUAAGGGGAUGGAAUUUAGUGUAUGCAAAUGACAAGAUGUGUAUUUUGGAGGUUUUUACUUUUAACGCUACCUCAAUCAUUUGUAUGUUAAAAUUUCACGUUUUUGUAGGAAAUACCAGAUUUGAAUACUCUUAUAGACUAAAAUGUAAUAAAACUCUAGCACUCAUAACUAUUUCAUCGAUCAACUAUCGAUAAAAUAAAUAUUAAAUAUUGAAACGGCAAGAAGUCAACCAAGAAAAAGUUCGAUUCUAGUGACGGAGUUCUGUAGCUCACAAGCGUUUAUUUUAAAUAAAAACUGCAAUAUAUUAACAGAAAUUCAGCAAUACUAUUUAUUUAUCAAUUUUUUUUAAUGUAAAUUCAAUCUUAAUAUUACAUUGUUAAAGAUAAUAUUGAUUUAAGACUUUAUUUAAUUCAACCAUUUACCUACAGCAAAAUCAAAACGGUUUUUUUAUUUACUUUUUUAAUUUUAUUAAUUCGAAUGGAUAAUUUACCUUAAUGAACUUUCGAAAAAAUACAUUUGCGAUUUACACAGGUUAAUCACUAUUAAAAAGCAAUACGUUUUACAUAAUAUUAUGACGUUUAACAUAAUUCUGUUAUUUUUUGUUUCUGUAAUUCAAUUUUGAAACGAUUAAUUUAUUUCUAGCGUUUCAAACACUGCACAGUGUUUAAUAUAACAUUGAAAUCUUUAUUAUACAUUUAAAAUCCAUUAAUUAUUAAAAAAAAAAAAAUGUUAAUAUUCAUAAUAAUUAUUAUCGUUUGGUAGUCUAAAAACGUAAUUAAAAAUAUAUAAUAACCUUUCGAUUCCCAUACGUUUCGUCUUAGAACAAAAAAUUAAACGAAGGGUUGCUUAUAUGUUUUUUUUUUAAAAAAAUGUAAUCAAAAUAAACUAAAAAAAAAAAAUAAAAAACUAACUAAAUUAUUCAUCAACUACAACAGCACAUUCACAGCGUUUUUAAACAUUUUUUUAUGUAAAAGUAUUACACGAGUAAGUAUGAUACAUGUAAACCGCUGUACACCAAUCCAACGAUUGCCAUUAUUACGAGUAUAUUCGCCUUAAUUUGCAUUUACCUAUGUAACAAAAAUAAAAUUAUAGUAUACAAACACAUACCUACAAACAUUAGGUAUAAUAUUCAUUCGAAUAAUAAUUUGGAUUUAGGUCAUAAUAAUAAGUAUAUAAAUUUAUUAAUUGUACAGAAAGUCCCAUAAAAUCUGAUAAAUCAAUGAACUUGUUUUUGUAUUCAAUAUUCUUAAGUUUUUCUUUUUUGCAAUAAUUAAUAGAGCCUCGCGAUAUUAUUCUUAUAUUGUAAAUUUGUUUUUAAACUAAAAAUAAAAACGUGGAGAUAAUGAAAACCGUUAACAUUUUCGAAAAAAUACACGUUUCAUCAAUUAGUGAACAUUUGAUACCAACAUCAAUAUAUAAUAAAAUAAUUAACUUGAAUUUUGUAAAAAUAAUUAUAAAUAAAUUAUACAUUUUAAAUAUUUAGUUUUAAAUUGGUAAUCGUUAGAAAAAAAAACUUAAAAAUAUUGAACAGCACAAUAGUAAUUGUAUUUCUCAAAUCUCCGUGAUGGAAUACCCUGUAUACCCAUAUACUUACACAUAUAUCAUAUUGUUUGAAUGUAAAAACUUUUAAGUUGGUAUAUUGGUUUCAAAUGUCCACAUUACAAUGGUUCACGUUAAGAUGUACGCGUGUGCGGUUCCGACCCAAGUUAUUUUUAUGGGCAUAUUUUCUAUAUUUUUUAACGGUUGUAUAUUAUGGUUUUUAUUAAAGCGUGUAUAAUGGGUUUAAUAAUAAUACCUAACGAACAUUUUAUAGCACAAAAUAAAUAAUGUCACUUGAACAUUUUUUUUUUAUUUUAUGUUGUUAAACAUCUUUGUGCAUUGAAAAAAUACCUAGUUAAACAUAGUGAAAAAAAAAAGAAUAUCAAGUGGAUAUGGGUACUCUAAAAAAAAAAACCAGGCAUACUUUGUACUAUGGGUGUGCUACUGUUGUAGAUGAGAUAUUGGGAAGGUGUAAAUUAAAAGGUAAUUUAUAUUUUUUUAUCUGUAUACAGUGAUAAAAGUUAUUGUUUUGAAAACAAAUUAUUGUUUUUGAUUAGUUAUUAAAAUAUUUCUAAAUAUUUGAACCGAUCCAAAGUCGAUCUGACUAUGUGGAGGGAGAGCAACUUCAUGAAUAUCGAAAAAUAAAAUUAACAAUAAAAAUGGUUCGUUUUAUCAACUAUAUACAGCGUGUUUCUUUCAAAGAGUAAUAUGAAAUAUUUCUGUCCAGUGACCUUGGAUUAAAAUGGGGUUUUCAAGAGAAGAUAAGAAAUACUGAAAUACUCAUUUUUUGAGGAUUUUAAAGUUUUUAAUUCUUUCAGUGUGUGCAUACUCAAUAAAACUUACAUUUUUUUUAAAUGAAAACACUUAUUUUCAACACUAGAUUUCAAUAAACAAUUAUUUUUCAGCAACUUACAUAAAUAAACUUUUUCUUUACCUUAAAAAUUUAAAAGAGAAUGAUGACUGAUGUAUAUUGUUUGUAAUAAAUUGUUUAAAAUAAAAUUAAUUGAAUAGUAAUUAAAUAAUUGUUUUUAAAUUUUACUUAGCUAUAAUUUGGCCAAUUUUCAAAAUAAGGGAAGAGUUUUUGUCGUAAGUUGCUUAAAAAAAUCGUUUAUUCAAAUCUAGUGUAAAAAAUAGGUGUAUCUAUUUUUCAAAAAUUAAGUUUUAUUGCGUAUGUGUACAUUGAAAAAGUGAGAAAUUUUAAAAUCCAUAAAAAAUGUGGAUUUCAGUAUUUCUUAUCUUCCCUUGAAAACCCCAUUCUAACCCGAGUUCACUGAAUAGAAUUAUUUCGUGUUCCAUUUGAGUAAAACACACUGAAUAUUGUAAAAAAGUAAGUCAGAUUUUAUGUUAAAGUGGAAUGUAUUGAUUUUAUUAUGCUUCAGCAAGACUAUAAUUCCUGGUUUCUGAUAACAAAUUUUAAUUUUAACUUUUAAUUAACUGCAUAUAUUAAUAAUUAUACGGCCUACAUACAUAAUAUUUUAUAUAUCCAUCAAUAAUAAUGGAUUAUUAAAAUUGUUUACAUUUUUUUUAAUUUGGUAUAAACUUUAUGUGGUAGGUACAUUAUUAGUACGAAUUCUCGGAAACAUUUUUGUUAGUAGGUAUUGUGUUUUCGUUCUUGGAAAUAAUGGUAACAAAAAUGUUUCAAAGUAGUUAAAUUUUAAAUACAUACAAGAUUCAAGUUGCACGUUGUUAUUUGAACUGCAAUACUGAAAGUAUCAAUAAAAACUUAAACAUUUUUAAGUUUUUAAUACCUAUAACUUAUUUUAAAAGGCGAAUCUCAAAAGCUUUCAGAAAAGGAAAAAUAUAGGUACUUAUAUUGGAAUAUGUAAAACCAUGAAUAUAUUUUCUGUAACCUACCUAUAUGAAUUUAAUUAAUUAAAAUAAAUAAAACAUCAUAUUUUAUUAUAUUUUUACAUAUUUUAUUUUAUAUUCACGUUAAAAGUAGACCGAUCAAUCUAUUAGUUUUAUUAUGAUAGUAUUCCACCUGUACAACAUUUCAAAGAGGUGCUAGUGCACCCUUUUUUUUUUUUUGUUGUAAAUCGGUUAAAAAUAAUUUUAGAUACUUGACAUUUUUAUAAAAAAAUUAACAUUGGUUUUUUUAAGACUUGUAAAAAUUGUCAAAACUUUCUGACGAUUUUUAAUCUAUUUAUAGGCAUUUGAUAUUUUCAAGUUUGAAGAUUUAACUCAAGGUUCAUCAUACAUUGUAUUUGACAGUGAAAACAAAUUCAAGAAUAAUAUAUUUUUUUAUUAAGUUACUUUUUUAAUAAACAUUUUAAGUUCAAAUUUUGAUGAAAAUCCUAAAAGUAACGUCAUUUCAAAACAUAAUCGUGUAACAAAUAAAUGAAUAAAAUAACUAAUAAAUUAUUAUUAUAUAAUUACUAAUAUGAAUCCAGAUAUUAUUAUUUUGUUUUGGGAGGUAAGGGGGGGGGGUAAAUUCUCUAAUUUUUGCUUCCUCGAAUCCCUCUCUUUUAUACGUAUGCCUUUUGCAUAUUUGAGGUUAAAUAUAUUAUUUAUGAACAUACUUAUUUUAUUUGGGGACGAUUGUGUGCAUUUUUACUUCGAUAAUAUUAAACAAAUUCAUAAUAAUAUCACCUAAUCGAUUUGGGAGACAUAAAAAUGACCGAGAGUUGUAUAUAAGUAUACAGGUAUUAUUUUAUAAUAUCGAAGUAUAUAUUUUUUUUCGUACAGGAAAAUGAUGUUUGCUCCAAGAUGAAUCCGCUCCUCGUAUUAUUAUAUUUUAUUCACGACUUAAUUUUCUUCGUUUAUCUGUUAAACAGAGUUUACACUGGAUGCUUUUAUGUUCGUGAUAUCACGCUGUUAUAUAAAGAUAUAUACCCAACUAUCUACCUACCUUACUAGCGAGAACCAUUAAUUUUUCGCGUAUGAUACUCUCUACUCAUGCGUUUACUUUUCAGAUUACCCGUAUCAAACUAUAUAAUAUGUAUAAUCUAAAAAAAUAUAUACAUACACGAGCCCCAGGUGAAAUCUAAACUUACCUACGCCUACCAACCUAUAUUACCUAUACGUGUUUAUAACUUAAUAAAGUAUAUCUGUUAGGUAUACGACUAAAGAAAAACCGUUUAAUAUUGUUCAUUGUGUGUCGUAGCAGUAUUCGUUCUACUUAGACAAAAUUUUAUAACUAUAUUUUACAUUUUAGAUAUCAACUUUACUGAGAUAAAUUAAAAUUUUGUUUUUAGAACUCCAAAUGGAAAUAUUUAACCUCAACGAAAUCUAUUUUUGUUAUUAUUUUUUUUUUUAAAUAAACAAUAUAAAUCGUAACGAACUAAACACUUUUAUAAUUUGCCAUUAUUUACAACAGUGGCCUAUCUGUGUUUUAAAUUACAAUCCGUUCGUAUGUGGGAGUGUUUUUUUCCGAGUUGCUCUAUCGACCAAAGGAACAUAUACUAAUAAUAAUAAUAAUAAUAAUAAUAAUAAUAAUAAUACACUUCGUUAGGUACGGCAUAACAAACAUUCGUUGUUUAAGAGGACGUUAUGUGCCCACACACGUUUACCAUCUGUGUUUAAUAUCCUGCAACGAUGAUAAUAAAGCAAAAUAAUUACACCAUACGUAGAACUUGAAUUGCGUGAUGUUUAGAUUAAAUUUUGAGUUGAAAUGUUUUUGCAGAAGCCUACGGUUAGGUUUUUGGUUGUAGCCUGGUUAUCAGGUAUGUAUAGUUAUAUUUAUAUCCAAUGUUGUAUGAGGAUACUUUCUAAAAUAUCUAGAUAAUAUUAAGAGAUAAUAGCUAGAAUAAUUAUCUAGAUAAAGAUAAAUAACUACUAACUUUGUAUCUAGAAAAACAAAAAAAUAAUUAUGCUUAUUACCUUUAAUAAAAGUAUUGAAAGUGUAUCAGAUUUUAAAAUCAUACAUAUUUCAUUAAGGUUCUAUGAUGUAACUUAAUAAUUAAUUUAUAAAUUAAAUAUUUUAUCUGUUAUUUUUAAUGCUUAAAUAAAUUAGAGUUUAAAAAGAUUUAUGUAGAUCAUUUAAUUAUUUAUCUCAGAUUACUUAUUUCUCAUUUAUAUAUAAUUUUAGAUACGAUAAAAGAUAAAAAAAAUACACCUAUAUAAUACUAAUACUGAUUAUAUAAUUUUAUUGCAGUUUUUUUAAAUAAUAGAAAAAACUGGAAAAUGUACACAAUACAUUAGCGGUUUUUGUUAUUUUCAAUUUGAUGUGAUUUGUUUUUCUAUAAUUCAGUUAACAAUAAUAAUUAUACAGAACUGAACAUUUUACUGAAUAUUUAUAUUAUAUUUUUUACACGUGAUGGUACAUUUUUUUUUACAAAGUAUUUCAAGGUUUUCGAGCUAUUAUAAUAACCAUUUGACAUUUUAGAUUUAUUUUGGCUUUACAAAAAUAUUUGAUAAUUUGAUGCAAGGUUUAUCAUAUUUUGUUUUUAUGACUCUAAAAGUUUUAAACAUUUUUAUCACGAAUAAUUGUCCUUGGAAGCAUUUAUCAAGUUAAAAUGUGUAUGUAAAUAGUGAACAUCGUUGCAUUUUAAAACAUGAUUAACUGAACUUCGAUCAGAAUCAUUUCAUAAGCAAUGGUUUUAUUUUAAAUAUUCAUAUUGGUAUGUAUUAUUGGCACUUUGAAUAAAAGUCUGUAAAAUAAUGAAUUUAGCAUCACCAAGCACUUAUUAUAUAUAUAACUUUAUUAAGCGGACUGCCUACCUUAUGGGUUACUAAAAGACACAUUAUACAUAUUCAAUAUUUAUAUACAUAGGAGUGUUAUAAAAUUAUAAAAUUAUAGUAAAUAAUUUUAUAGGUAUAAUUACAAUCAUUAUAAAAAAAAAAAGAUAAAAUAUCUACUAGGUAAAAUUGAUGAAGAUUUAAAAAAUAAAUAAAAAUAAAAUAAAAGUUGGUUGAUUUAUUAUUGUAAUACAUAAGUAGUCAUUUAUUCGAAUAUAUUACAUUUGGUUUUGAAGUUUAAUCAUUCAUAUUUUCUAGUUAAUCGGUUAAAUGGUGCUCAUUUUAAUUUUAAUAUAGACAAUGCUAUUUAGCUCUACAACAUAAAACAAAAUGGAAUAUUCUUUAAAAAAAAUGAUGACUUUUACCUCUGGGUGGUUUAAGUUUUUUGUUUACUGUUGGAUAACCAUAUUCUCAAACCUUCAUUUUCUCGAUUAAUUUUUGUAUAGGUGGUAGGUACUAUACAUAUUUACAGAAAAAUGUUUCUUAAAUGCAAUCCGAAAUAAUGAGGUUUUUAGUGUUAAAAGAUACAUUUUGUACAUUUACCUAUCUACCCAAAGAAGAAGUGAUUCUUUAUUAUUAUUUUAAUUUAGCGGUUGAUAUGUAUGUUAUAUUAUUUUUAUUAGCAGAUGUCAUCACUUGACGUUGUCCUCCAAACUUCGUUAGGUUAUCGAAAAGAAAAAUCGUUAGAAAUCAAUAAUAAAAACAAUUACACGUUCUCUCUCCCAUUACCUAAACGUAUAAUUUACUAUAGAGGUGUCUUACUCCCAUAGUAGUUAUUCCCUGAUUAAUAAUUCAUAGAAAAUUAUAUUAUACGUAGUACCAAGUUUGUUUAAAAUAAUUGAUGCACGACCGGAUUUAAGUAAAUUGGUGGCUCUUGGUAUUGAAGGAGCCCAUCAGCCCGAAUAAAUAAACACGGGUCAAGAAAAUAAAUUUGUUGUUUAUUAAAUACAAUUUUAUAUUUUAUAUUUGCUAUAUAUUUAGUUUGACUUAAUAAUAAAUUACAAAAUCAAACAAUCAAAUCCGGUAACUAAUAUAAUUUGGAAUAGUGUUAUAAAAUCAGUAAUUGUCUAAAAAUGAAUGUGUAAAUUGUGACUUAAACAUUAAUAAUGAAAAUAAUAAUGUUCAGUCAUGAGUACAAUUAAAUUCCUGACAUUUUUUCUUACGAGUUGAUUAAGUUCGUCUCCAUCCAUAGAGGUGUACGCAAUCUAUUUCUACGAUAUUUAAAAAUUAUAAUGAUACUUCAGUGGGUACUGCAGUUUGUUAUCAUAAGAACAAGACAAAUUCGAAAACACAAUCACUUUUCUUAUCUGGAUUCUGGAACAUCGUUCAUUAUUAUUAUUAUUUUAGUUUUUUUAUUUGAUCAUAUAUAUAUAUAUUAUGAUAUAUUGUGCCAUGUAAGAGAAAUGACAAAUAAAAAUAUGAAAUUUUGGGAAAUCGAUUUUUAAUGUUUUAAAAUUAGUGAAACUGUUACAUUUGAGAUAUGAUUUCAUUUUAGCUAGAAAAAUAAUGUGAAACAACAUUGGUCGGAUCAUAUAAAAUCACAUCUCAGAAAUAUCAAAUAUUCACGCUGGAAAAUAUAUUUUAUUUUAACUAGAAAUAAAAAAAAUUGAGCUCAUAUUGUCUUUAAUAAUAAUAAAAAUUAAAAUUUACUGAAUUAUGAAGGAUAAAAUUCUGCAUAUUUUGGUAGUAAUAACUCGAAUCGUAUUUUUUGUUGUUGUGUUAUAAUUGUAUAUACAAUUAAAAAAUGAUUGUUAUGAUGAAACAUUAAUUAUUAUAUGGAAAAAGUUUUUCAUAAGUUCGACACAUUAUGUAUACAUUUAAAUUAAAUACAUAUGCAUAUCUACUAUAAAUUUAUUACAAAACUAUAUGACCCCAAAUUUGUUAGGAACCCUGAGCCACUGCUCAUUAAACCCCCCCUUUAACUCAGACACUGAUCCACACCUUAUAUUCAUUAUUUUUUACAAAUUCACUUACAUUUUUUAAACACUUUUUAAACAAUUUUAAUAAAACUUACUAUGAUUAUUAUUAUACUUAUUCAAUGAAAAUACAUAAAAAUAAAUGUGGCCAUGUGUCUGCAAAAAAAAAAAAAAAAUGUUUGCUAAACAGAGUGUCCUACAGUGUUACCCGUCGGCCUAUAAUACUUUGUCAAUAUUUAUUUUUUUUAAAUCGGGUUUUGUGAGGGGGACAUAUAUGUAAAGAUAAACAUAAUUUUUAUUUUGAUCCCUUAAUUAUUGAAAAAAUAAAUGUAUUCUAUCAUAUAUUCAUAUCCCAUUAAUGAUUUCUUAGUUAUAGCAGCUUUAAUAUAUAGAAAUUAAGCGUGUAAACAAUUAAUAUUUAAUAGAAGAUAAGGAUUUUAUUAACCUAUUGAUUGUUCCUUAUCGUGUAACGUGUUAUUUUAUUAAAAAUUAAUUAUUUUCACGUCUAAUUUCUAUAUAUUAAAGCUGUUAUAACUAUGGAACUAUUGAUCAGAUAUGAACUGCAAAUAAUAUAUUCAAAUUUUUAGAAUAUAUAUAUUUUACAAAAUUGCUUUUUUGAAAAUUAUAAAAAGUGAAAAAAUAAAAAUGUUAUUUUAUCUCAUACAACCCGAUUGUAAAAAAAAAAAAAGUAAAAAGAAUAAAUAAAUAUUGACCGAUAUAUUAGCCGACGGAUUACAAUGUAAGACACCCUGUAUACCUACAGACGUAAGAAAUAAUUGGAUACAAUUUUUUUUUUUAGUAAAAGCAUUAUAUUAUCACGUAUAAAUGUGUUUGUAUAAGAAUUGGCUCUUUCACUCGAAAACCCGGCACGCCUUUAAGGCAUUUCGUCAACUGUACCGUGCAGUUUGUCCCUCGUCAUUCUAUGUCUACGUAUGUGUAUGCGUGAGCACACGUGUGUGUGCUCAUGUAUAUGCUAGCUUAGGGUGCCCACGCCCAGCCCUUAGGAAACGGAUAUUUACGGACGAAAUAAAAGACGUGUUCUCUUUCGAGACGCCCACAAAAACAAUCGAUACAAUAAGGUAUACCUACGAUAUUCUCUCGUGUCGGUAACACGAAUGCAGUAGUAGAAUAUUAUACAUGAACGACGAAGGACCACCGAUAAUCCAUCUUUGUGACAAGUCUAGACCUAUUGCGUAUGCGACACAUAACACUUGACUUAAACCCAUCGCCGAUUUCAGUAUUUAUAUAUAUAUAUAUAUAUAUACAUAAGAGACAGAGAGAGAGAGAGAGAGGGAGAGAGAGCGAUAUUCAAUACGGUCGUGAUUGUGUAGAUUCUAGGGUUGUUUUUGUUUUUAAAUCAUAAAAUUCGAAACAAAAUAACGAUUUUGAAAUAAAUGCGUGUGUUUCGUUUGAAUCUCACAGGUAUACUUAUAUCUAGUUUAAUAGGUACCUAAUAUUAUAUUAUUAAAUAAAUUUAAUAUAAAUAAUACUGUUAAUAUACUACUAUUUAACAAGAAAUUUUUCAAAAACUAUUUAAGUCUUUCGAGUAACACAGGUCGCUUCGAAUUUGUUUAGUAAUACAUGUUUUUAGAAAAUACUAAAUACCUGUUAGCUAACCGUGGGAUCGAAUUAUGAUAGGAAUAAAAAUCCAUGUAUGGUGAGUUUUAUUAACGUUGCAUAGAUAAACUGUUUUAGAAUCUAAAUAUAAAAGAUCCGCAUCUUUUUAAGAUAGGCAAGUAUGACAUUUUUACCACUCGAAAAAGUGUUUCCCGGGAAAAAAUUUAAAAAAAACUUUUUAGAAAACUAAUAUCGCUUUACUACACUCAGUCUUAAAAUUAACGAUAUGAAAUAAUUUUGUUAGGUAUAUGAUUUUCACGGUUUAUAAUUCCAUAGCUUUUAAUAAAAUUAUUACUAUUAGUAACUGUAAAUAGUACUGUUAGUUAAUAAAUAUUGACAAUAUUUUAUUAUUACCCGUAUAAAUAAAAUGUUAAAUUAUUGAAAAAAAAACUGUAUUAUAGUUUUCUUUAUAGAAUCAAAUUAACACGUAAAAUCGAUAUAUAUAUGUAUAUAUUAUAUGUAUACAUCAACAUUUGAAUUUUAUCAUAUUGACAUUGAUUUCCCGAAAUCUGAUACUUCAAAGUUUAUAGUAUUUCGUCGCUACAUAUUGAUAAAUAAAUAAAUAUAUAUUCUUAUGAAAUAAAAAACUAAAUUAACAAACUCGUAUACAAGUUAUCGACUUAUUAAACGCGAAUCGUUCGGUAAAUAAAAUUAUAUAAGCAUAAAAUUGGAAAGUUUUAUAUUAUAUACAUAUUGGUUUUUUCAAUACAUUAUUUUUUCAGUCAGAUAUAAGUAUUUUUAAAUUAUAAAAUUUUACAUACUCAUAUAACUCGCUUAAAAAUUAAACCAUCGAAAAACCGACGUAGUUGCACAAUUACUGUUCUCGUCUUAUAUUUUGAUAAUGAGUCGAUUCACUGUAAUAUUAAAACUAACAGCACUGAAUUGUCCCUGUUGAAUGUGAAUUUACUAAGUCGUGCGUUUGUAAGAUGACGGCAGCACGUGUGUGGAUGUGGCUUCCUCAUAAUGGACACCCGUUUUGUAAUGUAGGAUGCUUAUAUUUUAUUUAAGUUUAGUUAGUCAUUAUUAUUAUUUCGCUAUCAUUUUUAUAGAAAAGAUUUUUUUAAACUUUAUCUCAUAUACGUAGGUAUCCACGACACGAAAAUAUAUUUCCACAAGCCGUUUAAAGUGCAUUAAUUUAUAUAGCGUGCUAAUGCGAAAAGACAAUCCACGUGAUGAAAUUGUGAAAAGCCAUUAGAGUGAUAAACUUCGUUUUCUCACGAAAGAAACUCGAACUUUAUUUAUAAAUCCAAUCGCUUAGAAUAAUUAAUAGAAUAAUUUAGAUUUCGAAUGUGUGUGAUUCAGACGAGUCGGGCAUUGCUUCAUUUUUUUAUCGCCAUAUCAUAGUAUAUACAUACAGUGAAACCUCCUCUUACGGACACCUCACAAUAGCGGACAUUUUUUUGGGAACGGGGCAGUUUUAACUCUCUCUCCAAUUAGCGGGCACUAUUUUAAUCAUAGUUUAAAAAUAAUGACAGAAUGAUACCAAAACGUAUUCACAUUCGUAUGUGUUCUUGGAAUAAUGUAAUUACGUUGUUAUGAGACAAUAAGAUUACGUCGAAUUCGGUUAUCGGUGAAACAGUUAUGAGUGUUAUUGACAAAAAUAUCAAUGGUUUGUGGGAACCUUUUGUUAGUUAGUUUGUAUCGGUUUUCGACGCGAUGAGUACGUUAAAAUGAAAGUUGUUAUCGCUCCGCGAAAAAGUCAAAAUUUUACACUACCGUAAAAACAACAGAAACGUAGGAAUUCGUGCACUCGCAGAAUAUAGUACAUAGUAUAUUAUUUAAUUUAAUCGAACACAUGUGUUUUUCUUUUACAAAUUUACGCUUUAUGAAUUUUCAAAAACGUAUCCUCUUUGAAUAACGGACACCUCCGAAUAGCGGACUAAAUUUUGGAAACCAAGGGUGUCCACUAUUCAGAUGUUUCACUGUAAAUGUAUACCUACUAUGGUGCGUGAAUUAACUUAUAUAAAGUAUAAAAUAAUUGAAUAAAAUUAAUAAAAAUAAAUUCAUUGUUAAACAUAAUAGGUAUAGGUAAAUGUUUUUUUAGAUUUUAAGCGGAGUGAUAUUAGUUUUACUAUACGUUUUAUUUUUUUCUGUCUAAACAACUUUUUCAUCGAAAAUUAGGAUCUAAUCCAAAAAUUACAAGAGAAAUUUUUUGUUAACUUUGGCUCUAGUUGGUAUAUUCAGAAGGCCAUUUUUGAUUUUCCAAGCGGUUUGCGUAAUAAAGAAAACAUGGAUAAAAACAGGGAAAAACAGACAAAUAUUUACGGCACCACGGCGUUAAAGAUUUUAUUAUUUUAUAUUUUUGUUUUACACCAGAAAUUUUGCUCCAAAUUUUAAGAGCAUCAUAUUUUCUAAAGGAAAUACUUUUAAUGAGUAAUUAGGAGAGUAAUUUUUUGUUUCCCAAGAGGUUUUCGUGAUUUUCGAUUUUGUUCUUGUUUUGUUAAUCAGUUAAAAAUAACUGAGAACAGAUAUUUUCACAGAACACUUAUAUUAGCCUUUUCUAUACGUAAGUAACAAUUUGGUGAUUUUGAGCUAUUUAUUUAUUAAAAACGAGAUAAGUUCAGUAUAAGUUUAUAAUAAUAAGCUUAAAAUUAAGUUAUAAAAGCAUUUAAUAUUUAUAGGUGUUUGGUAUUUUUGAUUUUUUUUUUUCAGUUUUUUUACGAUAGGUAUACGAGGAUAAAAUUGUUUGACCUACAUAAAUGCUUGAAAAUUAAAUACGAGGUAUAUUAAAAAUCAAACUUAGCGGUAAAAAUAUGUAAUUGACUUUAUAAACUUUUCAGUUUAAAUUUUAACGAAAUUCAUUCAGAUUACAGCAUUUCAAAUCUUGUUAACCGAAUUUCACUAGUUAGUAAUGGUUUAUUGUUAUGUAAUGAUAUAAACUAAUUAAAUAUUUAUGUAUUCUACUAUCCUAACUUUUUAAUUUCCCAUUUAGUUUUGUUUUUAGCUUAUGGGCGAAAAAAAUCACGUCGUUUAAAAAAAGGCUUUCAUGUUCUGUUUGAAACCGAAGAAAAAUUUUAUGAGACUCAAUUUUUCUAUAACCUUCCGCUUUUUUUUUCUUGUAAACUUCAAGUACUAAAAAAUAUAGAAAUUAAACUGCUAUGUACAUACGAAUACAAACUCGUAUUUUAAAUAAUUGAAUUAAUUUUAAAAUUUGUUUUCUCAAUUGGAACGCGCAAUAUUAUCUAUUUUGCCGUUUAUGUGUAUUAUAUGUGUAACUAUUAACUAUACAUAUAUUAUAAUAUAUCGAUGUAGAUAUUUAUUUCCUUCGCCGUCGAGUGUUUCUCGUUUUUAUAAAACACAAAAGUUUUGUACCUAGACGUAGGUUAAAUAAUGUUGUAUUGUUUCUUUUUGUAUCAACGUCAUCUACUUUUAUGAGUUCUACACAUAUAGGUAUAUCAAAUCCUGUUCAGAAUAGCAUAAGUCCUAUGCCGAUUCUUUAUUGGAUAUAUAUGAAUUUGUUGUUUUUUUUUUUUUACUUAAGUAGUAAUGACAUAAUAUAUAUAUAUAUAUAUAUUUAAAUUGUUAUUUUAUAUCUACACUCUAAUUAGAUAAAUAAAUUCAGGAAAUGAAUAUUGAUACCGAAACACUUUAAAAAUAUAAUUAUUUGACAAUUAUUACAUUCCGGACGAAAAAAAAAGCUGUUACUGAUAGGGGUGUGCACCAUAUUUAAGGAAGGAAGUUGGGAAAUUAAAAAAUGGAUAAUUGAUCUCCCAAUGCACCAAUCAGAUCUCAGAAGAAGGUUUCUGUAAAGUUUUUGAUUACAGUAAGCUUUCUUGUAAAGAAAUUGAUAACAAGCACCAAUAAAUUACAUUAUAACGAUCAAUAUAUGUCUUAAUUCUUCAGAAUCUGAAAUUGUUUGCUUGAUACUUACAUUUCAUAUUAAAUCCCAUUGGCUAUAGGAUUUGCUAAAAUAUAUAUUUGGUACUUGUUAUUUUCAUAUAAAUUAUAAAAGCAACUUUAUCCGGUGAAAAAUUUUGGGAAAAAAAAAGUUUUUCAAAUACAGUAUAUCGGGCGGAAUUGUCGAUAUGGUACAUAGCAUUUUUAGCGGUUUUACUAACCGAAGUGUUCUACGAAAACAAAACACAUCUCAGUAAAACUCAGAAACUAAAAUCAAACAGUAUAAAACGGAUUAACUCUGAAAUUGUAUAAACAAUAUAACUAAUAAAUUUCUUUUAUUCUAUGAUAUAAUAUAAAUUGUAAUAGGUACAUAAGUUUAAUUUAAAUGAACAUUUUAUUUAAUAUUUCGUAGUAGUUUUGAUUUGUUAUAGCUUUAAUUUUAGAUUUGACCAGUUACUCGUUAAUAUAUACAUUUUUUUUACCUCAUGUUCUAUAAUUGAAAUUUGUUUAAUUAUAUUUAAUACAAAUAUAUAAACCAUCAGUCUUCAUAACUUCAGAAUAUUGAUGAAAAUGAAAAAUUAUUUCAUAAAUAAUAUGUAUACCCUUGAUAAUAAUAUAACAAUUUUAAAGAAAAAACAACUCAGAAUUUAUAAACAAUAUAAUUUAUAUAUGAAAUACAUUUAAAAUUGGUUUACAUUAGGCACUGCGGUAACUAUAUAAUUAAAACCCGGCAUUAUUAUUUUGGUAUAUUAUUUUUAAAUGACGAUUGGCAAACAUAUAAUUAAUAGGUUAUUUGAACUGUUUUUUUUUUUGUAUAUACAAAGAUUUCAAAUGAUUUUUUUCACUGAUAACAGACCUUGUUAUGUAUUUUAAAACUGCUAAAAUAGAAAAUUAUAAAAUAAUAAAUUAUAUUCCUGAAAACACUGUGAGAGCAUUUAUGUAUUACAUGGUACAUAUCUGAUUGGUAUUCAAAAAUCAGUUAAUACGAGUAGUGCGUAAAAUCGUUUUUUAAGUUUAUAUUAUUUUAGAACAUAAUAUAUAUUAGAUAGAAUAAAAUACUAUGCCAUUACUCAUUAGCAUAAUACAUGGAUUUAAUCAUAAAAAAUAAUGUAAAUUAGGUACGUGUAAAAUCUAUAAAUAAUCGUGUAUACACUAAUAUUUUCAACAUUGUAUAAAUUUAACUAUAUAAUUUUUCAUGGCUUUAUUUACGUUUUCUCUAAAAUGCAUUUAUUUAUUUUUGAAUCAAUAAUUUAAUAAAAUAGAAUAAUAAUAUUUUGGAUUAUUGGUGAACAAAUGUUAAUUUACCAUACUUUCACAGUAUCAUAAUUAAUACCUCAUCAUUUUUAACAAAUUUUGCGUAAUGAUGGCGUAGAUGUAUCUAACCUAUUCUCACAACCGUCUCAACUACUAUUAUAUGAUUCCUGCCUAUUUUGAGUUAUCUCUACGUACGUGACAAAAAUAUCGAUCUUUUGAAAACAUUUUACAAUACCAUACAAAUGUAAAUAGUAUACCACUAUUUAGAAAUACAAUGGUACAGCUUUAAUGGUAUAAAAAUAAUUGUCCAUCUACAUUCUUGUAAAAUAAAAAUAAAACUUUAAGGCUGAACCUAACCACGAAGGAGAAUUAUUGAUUGUUUUUAGUUGGUGGUAUAAAACUUUAAAGCAGGCUCAUAGCCAAUUUUUCAAUAUGUAUAUAUACAUGUGUACUGUAUGUAAAAUGUCGAUCGUAAAAUAUGAUGUAUGUAUGAAUACAAGAGUACAAUAAUAGCUCGAAAUAAUAUUUAUAACAGAAUAUAAUAACUCAUGAGUUAUAUUAUUUAUAUUAUCUUCUAAAUAUUCGAAGAAAAAAAAUAUCAUCGGGUUUUGUGUAAAAUAAUAUCAGUGGCGUAAUCAAAAAUAUUCAACAGAGUGGGAUGUAAUGGUAAUAAUAAUCAUGAACAAAUCUUAAGAAUCUGCUUCUAUAAUAUAGAAGAAAAAGUACUUUUUAUAAAAUAACAGGAAUUUAAAAGUCGGAUCCAAACUUUGUUCAAUAAAUCAAUUAAUUUUACUUACAUCAACGAAUUAUUACAUUUGCUUUAAGGUUUUUUUAACAGUUUAGGUACAAUAUAUUAAUUAUUGUGACAAAAAUUCUUAAUUAUUUUUUAUAGGUAGGAAAAAUAAAAUAAAACUUCUAAAUAUUAUAUUCUGAUAAGAUUUAAACAUCUAUUAAAUCAUGUAUAAUUAUUAUUAAAUUAAUUUUUUUUAAUAUUUUUAUAAUACUUAAAACGAAAUUAAGAAUUCGUUUUUGUUUAUUUUUAAAAUAAUAUAUUAUAUACUUUCAUAUUUUUUAUUUUUUUUUUUUACAUAAAAAGCAUUUUAGUUUUUGUAAAAAGAUCUGCAUUGAAAAAAUUAUAACAAAAUUAAUACCACAGUAUGUGUUAUACUAAUGGACUGGAAUAUAAAAUUAUAAAGGUUUAAUCGCUUUAUUUUAUGUAAAUGUCGAUAAAAUUAUUAAUAAAGUGUUAGGUUAUGUUACAUUUUAACAAAAGAAAAAAUGCUAAUAAAUGUGCGUUUAUAUGUCUAUUAUAGCGUUAAAUAGGAACAAAAUAAACGGUUUUGUUUAUUACAAAUUUAUUAUCUAUUGUAUAUAGUUUAAUAUUCACUGGAGGGACUAAUAUUUAAAAAAAAGAUAUAAAGCGGUGAAAUAUAUAUUUCCAUGAACGUAAAACACGUCAUUUGUGUUUCACCAGCAAAUAUAAUUAUAUAUAACCAUGGGUGUUAUGUUUUAUUUAAAUAAAUUAUCUAGAUAGAUAAGUAUACAGAAUGAUUAACUAAGCGUGCUCACCCCAUUUUUUUGGAUAAAUUUUCUAAUUCUGAAUUUUGAAAUUUUUAAGUUUAGUUAAAGCCGAUAUUUUCGAAUAUUUAGAUUUUUCACGACAUUUAAGGAGUAUCCUGUGACAACACCAACUUUGGUUUUUUAAAUGAGAACUUAUAAUAAAAAUUGCAUAAAUAGACGUAGUGCCUAUUAGGCAUUUUAAAUACAUUUUGAUGUCAACAUUUUUGAUUUCCGUCAACCCGUUAACGAUAUAUUACAUUUUUAAGUUUAGGUAGGAGGAGAGUUGUAGUGGUGUAUCAUUUGUAUGAGAAAACGGAGUUCAGCGUUUUAUUAGUGUUCCAUAACCUAAACUUAAAAGUGAAAUAUCUCGUCAACUAAUACUCUAUCUAUUUUUGAAAUUUUUAAUAUAGGUUCUCAUUUGAAAAACCAAAAUUGGUAUCAGGAUACUCCUUAAAUGUCGUGAAAAAUCUAAGUAUUCGAAAAUAUCGGCUUUAAAUAAACUUAAAAUUUCAAAAAUCAGAAUUUGAAUACAUGCAAAAUUUAACCAAAAGAAUCGGGUGAGUACGCUUAGCGGAUCACUCUAUAUUUUUAUUUUCUAUCUUAUUCAGAUGAAUGGAAAAUAGUUAUUUGUUAUGAUGUAUUAAAUUAUUCAAAUAAAUUUAUCGAUUUGUCUUUUUAAAUCAUUAUUAAUAUAUUUAUUCGAAAUAAUAGGUCAAACAUUUAAUGUAUGUUUUGUAUAAAUUAAUGAUGAUUGCACAAUUUUUUUGGAAUCUAUACGUAUAUCAUAUUAUAUUCACGUAUGGUACGCUUUUAGAACUAAGUUUUAUGACAAUAAAUUUACAAAUUAAUUUAAUUUUGCCUUCGUUUUAAUUAAAUAAUACUGUUAUGUAUAUUUUUUUUCAUCUGGGAUUCAUCAUUGUUAUUUUAGCAAUGAUCUUUUAGCUUUAUCUUGUUAUUAUUAAAAGUGUAAUAUCGUAUUUUUAUAUAACACUGAAUUUAUAACGUUUUGGAUUUAUACGUUAAUUAUAUCUUGUUAAACUUAAAAAAAUCACUUCAGAUCGUAAUUCACUAAACCGCGUAGGUAGGUAUUACAAAAAGAAAAUAAUUUUCUUAAGUAAAUAAAAUAAUAUUAUCUUUGGCGAAGCGAUUUUACCUGUUAAUGCGCGGUGACAAUCGAAAAUACCGCGCGUUACUUGUCUGUACAGAUUGGUAUUCACUUUCGAAUUAUUAUUCUGUAGCUUUUAAUGGAAACGGUAGCGGAAAUUUUAUUAUAUAUACGAACAUUCCGAAAAAUCAAUAUUAACGAAACAAAAUAAUGAAUUUUUUAAACUUUUAUUUACUUGACUAUAUCGCAAGAAUCACAAUUUUUAAGGUUUCUCAUGCGCCGUUCAUCGUAAUGGAAAAAAAAAAAUGUUAUAAUAUAAGUGAUAGAGUUGCUACUGCAAUACAUUUGACUAACUUUUAUUUAUAUUGAAUGCACAAGCCUAGGAGAAAAAAAUAUUUUGAUAUGAUACAAAAUAUACUACAUUAUAUAUAUAUUUUUUGUUUUCGGCAAAAAUAAUUAGUUAUUAAAAAAGUUGACACUAAUCAUGAGUAAGCCACUGUUGUAGGAAAGUAAUUGGGAAUGUAGUACAAACAAGUUAUAAUUUAGUUUAUAUAUUGUGAACGACGAUCAAUUGUUGCAAAUUAAAAAACUCUGAGCAAAGAGGCUAUCAGUCGAUAGCCUCGAUAAAAAAAAUCGAUAGAAUAUUUUGAACAAUUGACCAUGUCUAAAAAAAAAUAUUAGUUAUUUUGUAUAAAUAGUAGAUUAUAUGGUUAUUUUUAACUAAAUAACUUCAAAAAAUCGAAUUGAAAAUAAUUAAAUAGUUAAAAGGCUAUUGCCGUAAAUUUUCUUCCUUGUGGAAGGGGGUCAGGAUAUUUCCACGGUAUCUCUAUCUGUCGUAAAAAUACAAUAAAUAGAGUUGCAUUAAGUCAAUAGCCAGCGUCAAAUUCUGUCAAACAGUAUAAGGAGUUCCAAACAAGACUUUGGUGGCUUGUCCCAUCUCGAAUGUGCGCUUUGGUACAACAGGUAUUCUGGUGCAUGGUGUUUGCAGAUGCUAUAGCUUUUAUAGGAGAAGAUCUGAAAGAAUUUAAUAAUAGGUUUGCGGAAUGGAGGGUAGCACUUGAAAGAAAUAGACUAAGUAUAAGUAAAUUAAAACAGAGAAAUAUACGUUAUAUAGAGUAUGGGUACGGAGAAACAGAACAAGAUAGCUAACGACAAUAAGCAGUGACAUAAUAGGUGAGAUUGAGAGUUUUAGAUAACAGUUUAUGGUAGGUGAUGGUGGCUUUAUGAAGAUGUGAAAUGUAGGAUUAAGAUGUGAUUAUAUACAAUGAAGAGAAGCAUCAUGUGAUUUAUUUGACAAGAGUAUUUCAAUGUUCACAAAACUUCUACAAAAGUAUGAUCAUACUGAUUAUGUUGUAUGGGUCGGAGUGUUAAGCGGUUGAUAAAAAAAUUAAAUAGUAAAUGCAGAAAUAAGAAUCCUUAGAUGGAUUAGUAGAGUGACAAGAAAAGGUAGGAAAAGGUAGAAAUGGAUGAGUACAUAAGAAGUAGCUUCAGUGUGGCUUAGAUAGUAGAUAAAAUGAGAGAAUAUAAACGUACCUGGUUCGGGUAUGUCAUGGGGAGAGAGGAAUCUGAAGUUGUAAGAAUUUUUAACAAAAAUAAACGUAGGAAGAAAGAGUGAAAAGGAAGACCGAAAAAUAAAUAGUUGAAUUCGACUGAGAAUUAUGUGAAGGCAAACAAUGUGUGCAAGGUGAGAAAUUGGAUCAAUAGGAAGUUUAGAAUGAGGGUGUCCAACUCCAAAUAAUUGGAAUGAAGACGAAGAAGUAGAAAAAGAAUAUUGCCAUAAACUUUACUGUUUUCCUAAGUUUUUCCGAUUACUUCCUAGACUACACUAAAUAUUAACUAUAGACGACAUUUUCUUUCAGCAAAUAUUUAACUUUUAAAAUUCGGGAUGAAAUUGCUGGUAAAUAAACAAAAUCGAAAAAAUCAAAAAUAAUAGAACACAGAACUAUAUUAUAAGAUUUGUCCAUUUCCCCAUGACAAACGUAUAUUGUUUCUGAUUUUUCUUAAUUGUUAUAAAAAAGCUUGGAACUAAAACAUUUCUUGUGGCGUUAUAUAUCUAAAAAAAAGACUGAAAAUGGGAUCGCUACUGAAUAUUUCGUAAAAUGUUUGGAAUAAAGACCACUGGACAGAAAUUCUGCAUCUUUCAAGAUACUUUUGGAAAAAGUUGAAGUAUCCUCCGAACUAAAAACAUGACUUAAAAAAAUAAAAACAAUUGUUUAGAAAAAUUAUUGGUAGUUGAAAAAACAAAAUUCAAAUAAUAUUCCGUUAAAUGAAAACUCCAGCUCAUAUAAGAUUAAGUAUAAAAUAUAAAAUUAGUGCAAUUUCAUCAACCGAAUAAAUGUUUUCCAAGAAUAAAAACACUAUGCAACUACUUAGUUUCGGCUUACGACAUCAUUUUUUUUUUUUUUAUAUAUAUAUAUACCUAUACGAAGUCUGGCUAUUAAAUAACGAGACUGCUUAUGAAAAAUGGUUUUAUUUUAAAAAUUAUUCCACAACAAAAUGUUCCCCUUCAAUGUUCCCCUACUCUCCUCCCCUCUUCAUACACCGUUUUAUUCGUUUUUUCCAUUGCUCAAGGCAGUACUGGAAGUCUGUUUUUGUAAGACUAUUUAGGAGUUCCGCUGAUUUUUGUUUCACCUCUUCCAUCGAAUCAAACCGGAUUCCUUUUAAGGCAGAUUUUAUCUUCGGAAACAAGUAAAAGUCGCAGGGUGCCAAGUCGGGUGAGUAAGACGCAUGUUCGAGUACUGGAGUGCCUUAAGCGGCCAAAUAACGCUUCACAGACAGCGCGUUAUGGGCAGGUACGUUAUCCUGGUGCAAGAUUCUCGAUAGUUGGUUCACAGUUUGACCCUCUGGAACCCAUUCAGUCAUCACGAUGCCGUUGAUAUCGAAGAAAACGAUCAGCAUGGUUUUGAAUUUGGAUUACGACUGAAUUGGAUUCCGGUGCACUCUGUGCCUUCAGAAAAUAAUUUAUGCCACUCAAAAACACGCGCCCGAGAUAGUAAAUCCUUACUAUAGGCCUCUUUUAACAACUUAUAGCACUCAGUUGGAGUUUUUUUUAGUUUAACGAGACAAUUUUACGUUUAUCCUUUGCUCAUGUUUUUCGUCACGCAUCGUUUUCGGCAAGAGAAAAAAACAUGUUCGUUUCUAAACGCUACAGAAAAAAUACUGAUGCACCAACAAAAACCCAAUUUUUGACUGGCAUAAUAGACACUUCCAGCUAACCAGCGCUGUAUUCGGUUUUCCUCUAACCUUUUUGGGACGCUCUCUGCACGCGCAGUCUCAUAAUUUAAUAGCCAAACCUCGUAUAGAAUUAAAUAAACGUGUAAAAAAUCUCAAAUAUAUACAUAUACUAAAAGAUUAUUGUAAUUCGGUAUUUAUACGUGUUCAACGAAAUGACGAAUUCAUUAAACCUGGUCCACAUUAUGAUUGUUAUGAAAUUUGCUACACGAUGAUGGUUACUAUCAUAAAUAAUUGUUGUAUGUACGAAAGUGGCAUUAUUAUAACAAUCGUAAAAACAAUUACCUACCACACAGACGUUUCUAUAUUACAUCAAAAUUAUACUCUAUAAUAUGUUUAGUCUAGAAAUUACAUAAAAUAGCAGUAGAAGCUAUAUUAUCAUUGCUAUUUAUCAAUGGCGUUAGUAGGUUAUUAAUUAAAUUUAAAAUAGAUGCUAAUUUUAUUUCUAUAUAUUUUUUAUAAUAUAACAGUGGACAAAAUAUUGGCACAUUGCUAAUUGUUAUGAUAUUCAAAAUUGUUAAAAUAUUAAAUUGUUCAUUCCUUAAGGAUAUUUAUAAAUAAAUCGUGUUAUUUCGAAAUCAUUACCAAUAUGUAUUUUAAUUUUAAUAAAAGAAAUUUGUAAUAUAUCGUUGAAAUGAUUUCCAAUCGAAUAUAUAUAUAUAUAUAUUUUAAAUAUCUGCUAUUUUGACUGCUAGUUUUGAUAAGAAAUGGUAGUCAGCUAAUGCUUUUUAUUUUAGCAUUUAAUUAACUCUAAUACAGCCUAUGUAUUUUACUAACACUGUUACAUCAUGAUGUGAUGCACAUUGUCUAUGAUUACUAUCAUGAUAGUUACAAUACCAACUAACAUUUUUUCUAGUUUUCAAUGAGGGCAAAUUAAAUUUUCAAAAUGACUAAAUGACAUAGUUUGAUAAUAGAUUAAUAGCUAAAUUAAUUGUCUUACCUAAAUGUGGGUGUAAUAACUUAAGUGAUAUAUUUAUGUGAAUGUUUACCUUUUUGGCUAAACAAAAAGUACAUCAUAGUGACUUAAGAAGUUUAAACUAUACAGUUUAACAUCUAUUAGAAUAUAUAGUGUACAUAUAAUACAUUCAUACCAUUUAGACCAAAAAUAAAGAGCAAAAUUACAUAUCACGCAAUGAUAAAAAAAGAAUUGACUUAAAUCUUUCUUCCCUGGAACCAAAAAUUUUAUAUACAAUAUAAAUAACAAACGAACUCGUCCCAACAUAUCUUAAAAUUAAUGAUGAAACAUACACGCAUUCGUUUAAAGGAGAAUACGCUAUGUAUAAGAUUAUAUAUUACUCGUAUGUAUUUUACUGUUUUUUUAUUUCCCCCGAGCCGCAUAUAAACACCAACUUAAUAUUAUGUAUACGCAAACCGUAUUUAUAAUAUUUUAUUUUUAACAACUUUUAUACCACGCUGCGAAUGAUAUUACUUAUUUAGUGUUACUCGCCUAUAUCGCCCUGUUAAUCCUUUAGAGAACAAAAAGAGAAAAACAAAGUAUGAACAACAACUGUAACGACAACGAGCUAGUGCCCAUUUAUUAUAUUACGUAAGCCACGAUUGCGGUUACGGCGAAAUAAUAAUAAUAAUACAAAAAAGCCAAAAAGGCGAAAUGUCAAAUUUAUUUUUUUUUUUAUAUAUUUUCAAAUACACGUGUUAUAAAAUAUGAUAAAUUAUAAUUAUUUGUUUGCGGAAUAUUAGAUUUUAAGGCCGGGAAAUUGUGUAUAGAACUGCACCACAUAACAUUAUGAUCAUAAUAUAUUAACGCUGAAUCUUCCAAAACAACGUGUAAAACAAAAUAAUAAUAGUAACAAUAAUACAAAUAACAGUACAUAUAAAAAUAAAAAAAAUAUGACAACAAAAAAAAAAAAAAAAAAAUGAAUACAAACGAAACGACAAUUCAAAAUGAUCACUGUCGGUACAUGUAUUUAUAUUCCAUCAAAAAUUGUAUAGGUAUGUGAAUUGACACGCUGAAUAACAGAAUACGAGUAAUAUUAAUUCCGAAAAAAAAAAAGAUACACCGAAAAAUGAUUUAUGCAAGUAAAUCUCUUAUUGUGAUAAUAUAAUGUAUAUUUUGUACGAUGAUGAAAUAUCAGCUAUUCCUGAACCUAUUAAUGUAUAAAAAAAAUAUUCGUGUACUUGCGCGCAAAAGAAAAAUAUCGGUAAAAAAAUUUGAUACUAUUGAUAUGCCACUCUUUUAGAAGAUAAGUCGGAACAAAUGAUAUACAGUAAUUUAAUUUAUUUUUGAACGUAACGAGAAAACGAUAAACUAUUGCAAACCGAAAACUAUUCUGAGCGAUUCAAUAUUAUUAUUCGUAUUUUUCCAUUUGUGGCCAAAGUAACUCAGAAAUCAUCAAAUAUUUUACAAUAAAUUGCUAGUUUUCCCCAUUUAUUAAGAAAAUUAUAGGGAAAAUUAAAAAUCUACCACCUCAAUACAUCAAGUAAAUUAAAAUUGUUCAAAAAAAUAUUUCUUUUAAGUUUUUUUUUAUUUAAGCAAGAUUUCUAGUAGAAAAAUUGUUUACAAACAUUGUUGUACAAAUAAAUAAUAAAUUAUGACUUAACGCACAUUCUUUUAUUUUUCAACCAUAAGCAACUAGUUUGAUGAGCCUUGUAACAAAUUAUUGACCAUGUUUAUGGAGCUAAAAUACGUAAAUCUCGACUAUGGAUUAUUAUGGGAUAUUUUUGUAUUGCCGUGAAAACAAUAAUUACCAUGUAAUCCUAAAACUUUAUUUUACCUGUGUAUCAUACAUUUUUAUGAAGCCAAUAGAGUUUUACUUUCGUAAAAAAACUUGACACAUUUUAAUGAGCUAUGUAUAAAUAAACAACUCAAAUAACCGGAAAUUACUCCUGAAGUAUUGAUGAGAUCAGAACAACUUGAGGUUGAAAACUAUAGACCGGAAAAAAAAACAUGGCACUUAACAUAUUAUAUUAAAACUGAACCAUGUUUAUAUUGGUUUGCUAAUAAUCUAAAAAAAAUAUCGGGGCCGGGGGGGAGGGUGUAUCAAUAAAAAGAAACACGUGGCAUUAACAAAAUUCUGUCAUUGAUCCAGGUUUUUUUUUUUUUUUAAAUCCGUAGAAGCCGGAGCAAUCAAAGAUGGAUGAAGCUGCGGACCACCGUGCAGCUGUCGAGCGCUAUAUCAUCGACGAUAAAGACGUCGAAACCGACGUUGCAGCGGGAGGACUCGUUCAUCAAGAGAUUUUCCACUCGGCAAGUGGCCGAAAAGCAGGUAGAUAAUUAUUAUAUCGCGUACAGCCGACUAGUGUAA